AUGUUUCGGGCUGAGUUCGCAAUGCGGCGAAAACAAUCUGUGCCAGGAUCUGAAGGCUCGAGCCUGAGUGAUCAACUGAGUCUAGCAAGACAAGCACGAGUGGAAGACACAAGUAGCGAGUCCGAGGAGACGUGCAGAGUGAAUUUCUCAUUGACUCUCUCCCCUCGUCGGAAGGAUAUCGCCGAGCCACAGCUGCUCUUGGAGGAUGGAUCCGACUCCAGCAGUGAUUCGGAGCAGAAGCAGGAGGUGGAUCGUUGUUUUGUCUCAUCCGUACCUGCACGCCGACGAUCGUCUGACAUCGUCUCGACCUCGACCUCCGAUCGGACUCGAUCGCCGAGUCUGCAGAGUUCCGACGAGGAAGGACUCGGACGGGAAUCGACGAGUCAUUCCGAUGUCGCUGACCGCGUGGAUCUCGAAGACGUGGACGUUAACCCAGAAGCUCGAAAUAUUCUUGUCUGGCCGGUGUCGAAUCCGAGGAAGUUGAGUCGACAAGAUUCAUUUGAUGCCGGGUUGUUACCAAAGGGCGAACUGGACAAGCAAGUGUCGGGGGCGUCUGAGGAGACUUUCAAGGCAAGCAGUGGAGAUUCGCCGGAAGAAUCCUUACAGACUUCGAAGGAUUCGGAUAUGGAUAAAGAUUUCCAGCACAUGGAAGGUUCGAGGCGACAGCGGAAAACUGGACUCGACCUUUUCGCCCAGGCACAGCGUAGUGAAAACUUCACCGAUUACCUGGGUGCAUCUUCAGGUGCCCCAAAGUACGUUGAAACGAGGACCGCGAAACUUCGCCUGACUCCUCCGUUAAAAGAAACGAGAAAUCGUGCCAUGAAGACCAACGCCAUCGCGUCCGUCCUCGUACCUACCACAAGACGCCUUUUCUCACCUUCCAGAUAUGGGGUCGUGUCACGGGUGGUGAAUGACACCAGGGAGAACGCUCCCGACGAGAAUCGCCUUGGGCCUGCUGUACCCGUGAGUAAAUCCCGUUCGGCUUCGGAAGUGCUGAGUCCUGUGACCCCUAGGACAGGGGUGACUGGGACGCGGAAUCGUUUCUCGGUCGUUGAGAUUCCUCUAACGACUUCUCCUUCCUUCUCGUCGUCUUCGAAGCGAGUAGCGCUCGUGGAAGCAGCUCGAGAGUCCGCGCCGAACGUCCGACUCAUGGUUGCCAAGUACGAUCGGAUCGCCAGCGAUGGGGAUCGGUCUAGACCAUUCCUGGGAAACGAGAGAGGUUAUACCCAACAGAAGAUAGGACCAUCAGUGAUGGGAGCCAGGCCUAAGGAGCGAGAAACACUCAGAGCAGAAGAGGAGACGAGGAGCCUGAGUCCUCAGCGUUGGACACCGAACGGCCCGCCGCUGCCGAUCGUGAGGCGAUCUCCAUCCAACCGACUUCGGGCGUGGAAGAUUCGUCGAGCCAGGGAAGAGUUCUUCGCCCGAGGUCCAACCGGUCCUCGCUCCCAUUAUUCCCGGAUGCUUCUUCCUCCCCUUGGCCCCGAUGGAGACGCUCCAGGUAGCUUUCGCUGUCGUCAUCGAGACGAGUUAAAAGGAGACGAAGAUCUACUGAAGCGAUACUCUACCGAAAGCGCUACGAGCGAUCAGAGUGUGGAGUCCGGGGAGAGAUCGGUCUCCAUGAAGUCUGCUAGCGCUGGAAACGUUAAUCCGUCGAGACGAGUCGACGAUCGAGAGAUGAUGGGGAGUGGUGAAAGGAGGAGAGAUCAGGAGAGGAGAUCCCGGUCGCCUCGCACUCUCAUACCUCGACCGUUCAUAAGUAUCGCUAAGAGAUUCUUCCGUAAGGGAAACGAGGAGGAAAAGAAUAUGGAAACAGUGAAGAUGUUAUGCAGGCAGAGUCUACACGUGGACGUGGGAGAGGCUGGUGAAUGCGAGGGGGAACGUAGUCCCGACCCCGGCGAGCAACGCCGUUUCCAUUCCGAUGUCCCGCUCGCAUGCAUGCCGAGGAUAAAAUCUUCAGUCGAAGGGCAUCGGGACGUCGAUGCGAUCGUCGAGAUCUUUUCACGAAACCCACACCCAUUGGAGAGUAUGGUGGAGUUGGAGCAUGAGAAAGAUGCCUGCGGCCGUCAGACGAUGGAUGAUCCGCAUUCGGACAACGAGCAAAGCGACGAUGAACGAAACGACAGGAAGUUGCGAACCGACUGCAGAAAUUCAUUCAUCUACUCCACCGGACCGCUCUUCGGAGAAGAUUUCUCCACUCUCGGUCCGACUACUGCAUGCGAGAUCUAA